GUGCUUUGAGUGAGGUGGUGCAGGGGGGCGGGGGUCUACUUUUCUGUCAUCUGAAAGAACAGAAUCAGUUUGCACCUCAGGAGAAACUUUGCUUAAAAAGUCAGGAGGUGAAGUGAAUGAAAGAGCUAGCGGAGGACGGCACGUGCUUUUAGCAUUUCUGUUGUUCAAUUGAAUUAGGAUGUGGCGCUUAUUCGUGGCGCUUUGUUCCUGCGUUCCCUUAGUAGGCUGCUGGCUGCCGUCCUACCCGUUUUCAUUCAAUAAAUAUCCCUACCUGAAUCUGUCUCAUUCUUUUCAGUUAAGCGAACCGAGGAAAGCACAAGAGAGCACAGAAAGCAAAGUGGAGCGGCUCGGGCUCAUUUUCAAACGCAAUGUAAGGAAGCUGAGGGAGAAAAGCCAGAGUCUGGACUUGGUGUUUUUGGUGGACGAAUCCUCCAGUGUGGGUAAUGUCAACUUUAACAAUGAGUUGAAAUUUGUAAAGAAGCUCCUGUCUGACUUUCCCGUGCUCCCAUCGGCCACCCGCGUGGCCAUAGUGACCUUCUCAUCAAAGAACCACGUCCUGCCUAGAGUGGACUACAUCUCAUCUUCCCAUUCACACCAGCACAAAUGCUCGCUUUUAAAUCAUGAGAUACCGGCUAUCAGCUACAAAGGAGGAGGGACCUACACGAAAGGAGCUUUCCAGCAAGCCGCACAAAUACUGGAAAAGUCAAACCGAAAUGCUACCAAAGUGAUAUUCCUUAUCACAGACGGCUACUCCAAUGGUGGUGAUCCACGGCCUACGGCUACUUCUUUGCGUGAUAUGGGUGUGGAAAUUUUCACCUUUGGAAUAUGGCAAGGAAACAUACGGGAACUUCAUGACAUGGCAUCCUUUCCCAAGGAAGAACACUGCUACUUUGUUCACAACUUUGCAGAGUUUGAGGCGUUGGCACGUCGAGCACUUCAUGAAGAUCUUCCAUCUGGGAGUUAUAUUCAAGAGGAUAUUUCCCACUGUUCAUCCCUGUGCGAUGCAGGGCAGGACUGUUGCGAUGUAAUGGCAAGCUGCAAGUGUGGCACUCGCUCUGGUCAGUAUGACUGUGUCUGUGAGAAGGGAUAUUAUGGAAAAGGACUUCAAAAUGAGUGCACAGCUUGCCCACCAGGCACAUACAAACCUGAAGCAACGCCAGGGGGUAUUAGCUCCUGUACUCCCUGCCCUGACAAGCACCACACAUCCCCUCCUGGAAGUACAGCUAUCAAAGACUGUGUGUGCAAGAAUGGCUACAGCCCAGUUGGCCAAUCAUGUCAAGUGGUUCACUGCCCGGAGAUUAAGCCACCAGAACAUGGAUAUUUCAUCCAGAAUGUCUGCAAUAAUCAUUUCAAUGCAGCUUGCGGAAUCCGUUGCAAAGCUGGGUUUGAUUUAAUAGGAAGCAGCAUCCGUUUGUGCCAGCCGAGUGGUGAGUGGUCAGGAUCUGAAGCAACAUGCAGAGCUCGGUUAUGCCCAAGAAUUACUGCACCCAAGCAUGGCCACGUCAAUUGUACAACUAGAGACGUUUCUUAUAGGACUGUGUGUCAAUUGAACUGUGAGGAUGGUUAUCAACUGAGGGGUCGACAAAGGCUUACAUGCCAAGUGAAUUCUCAGUGGGAUGGUCCACCACCACAGUGUCUUGAAACCCAAUGCCCUGCACUAGAACAUUCUAAAACAUAUGUUUUGAUGCCGUCUUCUUGUGGGGAGGAACCUGCAAAAGUUGGAACAGAAUGUUUUCUCCGCUGUAAACCUGGUUAUACAAUUUCAGGCAUAGCAGACAAAAUACAGUGCCUCAGCUCAGGGAAAUGGAACACCAGUAUUAAAAAAGGGACUUGCAGAGAUUCAGAACCACCUCAAAUUAUUUGCCCAAAGGAUAUUGUGACAGAAACAAUGGAACAUCAAAACAUAGCCAAUAUUAGCUGGAUCGUCCCCCAUGGAAAAGAUAAUUCUAAUGAACAGGUAUCUAUUCAAGUGACACCAGCUUUCAUCCCACCUCACACUUUUCCCAUUGGAGACAUUCAGAUAACGUAUACUGCUACUGAUCAGUCAGGAAACCAUGCUAACUGCUCUUUUAAGGUGAAAGUGGUUGAUGCAGAACCACCAGUGAUUGACAAAUGCAGAUCACCUGCCCCACUCCAGACUGUGGAACGUGAAGUCAGUGUCCAUUGGGAGGAGCCACAGUUCUCUGAUAAUUCAGGCUACCAUCUCAUCAUUACAAAAACACACAAACCCGGAGAUCACUUUACUCAUGGAGAAACGCUUGUUAAGUAUACUGCUACUGAUUCAUCAGGCAACAGCAGGACUUGUGACCUACAUAUUAUAAUCAAAGGUUCUGCUUGUGAGCACCCAUUUAACCCCAUCAAUGGGAAAUUUUCCUGUGUUCAAGAUGAAUCAGGAGUAAACUGCACUCUGUUCUGCAUGGAUGGCUAUGGUUUAAUGGAGGAGACGGCACAGAGCUACUUCUGUGCUCACGAUGGAUUAUGGAAACCCCCUUACUCUGCAGAUUGGCCCGACUGCUCUGUAAACAGAUUUGCAAAUAAUGGUUUCAAACCAUUUGAAAUGUUAUUUAAAGCCUCCAGAUGUGAUGAUAUGAACCUGAUGGAAGCCUUCACUGAGAAAUUUUCUACUGCACUUGGAAAUAUGGUUCCAACAUUUUGCAGUGAUGCUGAUGAAGUAAAAUGCAGGCUAGAAACAAUCCGCAAUGGACGAUGCCUGGAAUACAACUAUGACUAUGAAAAUGGAUUUGCAAUAAGUCCUGGUGGUUGGGGAAAAAGUUGGAAUCCACAGAAUGUACUGGAUUAUGCUCAAGGUGAUCAAGACUAUCAGCAAGACCAAGCAGAGAGGUUCUCACCUAAAACGGCACCUCUCAGAAUCAGGAGACAGACUAAGGAUUUGUCGUCAACUGCAGACCAAAAAAUACAAAUCAUUUUCGAUAUAAGUGCUAGCAUACCUUUGCCCAAGGAGCGGAAUGAUUCACUGGAAGGUGAAAACCAGAAGAAACUUCUCCAAGCUCUAGAACACAUCACCAACAGGCUUAAGAGGACAUUAGAUAAAGAACCAUUAUAUAGUUUCCAAAUGGUGUCAGAAACUAUUACAGCUGACACCAAAUCUCUAGAAAGUAAGAAAGCCACUUUGUUUUGCCAGCCUGGCUCAGUGCUGAAGGGGCGAAUGUGUGUAAACUGCCCAAUUGGGACAUACUACUCUCUGGAGAAUCUUGCAUGUGAGAGCUGUUGGAUUGGAGCAUACCAAGAUGAGGAAGGACAGCUUGAGUGUAAAAGUUGUCCAGAAGUAUCCUCCACUGUUUAUAUGCAUUCCAGAAGUCUUGCAGAUUGUAAAGCCCAGUGCAAGCCAGGAACGUACUCCUUCAGUGGCCUUGAGACAUGUGAAUCCUGCCCACUUGGAAAGUUUCAGCCUGCAUUUGCUUCCAAAUUGUGUGUGCUCUGCCCAGAAGGCAUGUCUACAGUGAAUCGGGGAGCUGUUGAUGUAUCAGAGUGUGGAGUACCCUGUCCAGCUGGAGAGUUUUCCCGGUCCGGUCUCGCUCCGUGUUAUCCAUGUCCUCAAGAUUACUAUCAACCAGAUGAAGGCCGUUCCUACUGCCUUUCCUGCCCAUUUUAUGGCACAACAAGUAAAUCAGGCGCUACUUCCAUCCAGGACUGUUCAAGUUUUGGUUCUAGCUACACUGCCAAAGAAGAGACAUUGUUGUUGCCAGUAGUAGAAGAGAACAUCAGCAACACAUACCAAGCCAGCAGCCAAGUUUUUCACGAGUGUUUUUUGAAUCCAUGCCAAAACAGGGGCACAUGUGAAGAAGUGGGCGCAGGAUAUAUCUGCUUAUGUCCCUCUGGAUUUACAGGAGCCAAAUGUGAAAGCGACAUCGAUGAAUGUUUAUCAAUGCCAUGUCAAAAUGGUGCUAUCUGUACAGAUGUCGUGGGAAACUUUUCUUGUCAGUGCCAGCCUGGUUAUGUUGGAACACUAUGUGAAACUGAAAUUAACGAAUGCAUUUCAGCUCCUUGUGUCAACGACGGAACAUGUGUCGAUGGUAUUAACGGAUACACAUGUAAUUGUGCAAAUGGAUAUACAGGUAUCCAUUGUGAGCUGGAACUUAAUGAGUGUCAUUCCAACCCUUGUUUAAACAAUGGGGUCUGUGAAGACCUGCCUGGGACCUUUAAGUGCACAUGUCCGACUGGCUUAUCUGGAGUCAAAUGUGAGAUAAAUAUCAAUGAAUGUGACAGCCAGCCAUGCUUAAAUGGAGGAGUGUGUUCUGAUGGCAUCAACAGCUUUAGGUGUCAGUGUAAAGCUGGAUACACAGGACUGCUCUGCGAGACGGACAUUGAUGAAUGUGAAGCCAAUCAGUGCCUUAACCAAGCUACAUGUGUGGAUGGCUUGAAUUCAUUCACAUGUAAAUGUCCACCUGGAUUUAAUGGAACAAGGUGUGAAACAGAAAUGUCGUCUAAUUUUGACCUGGAAUUUGCAGUUUCUGGUAUUUACACCUAUGUUAUUUUGGAGAAUGUUAUGCCUCUUCUCUCUGCAAUAACGUGCACAUUCUGGAUGAAAUCCUCUGAUGGCAUCAACUAUGGCACUCCUAUUUCGUAUGCAGUUGAAGGAAGUGACAAUGCAUUUUUACUGAUUGACUACAAUGGUUGGGUAUUGUACAUCAAUGGAAAAGAAAGAAUUACUGACUGCCCGUCAGUGAAUGAUGGAAAGUGGCAUCACAUUGGUGUCACGUGGAAUAACACUGAUGGAGACUGGAAAGUGUACAUUGAUGGGAAAAUGUCAGAUGGAGGAAAAGGAUUGGCUGUUGAUUCUAUUAUUCCAGGUGGUGGUUCCUUAGUUCUUGGACAGGAUCAAGACCUAAAAGGAGAAGGGUUCAACCCCGUGGAAUCUUUUGUGGGCUCCAUUAGUCAGAUGAAUGUCUGGGAUUAUGCUCUUCUCCCCGAGCAGAUUAAGGCAUUAGCCAGCAGCUGCCCAAAAGACCUCCACAGAGGAAAUUUAUUUGCUUGGUCAGAUUUCCUCAAAGGGACUCUUGGAAGGGUUAAAGUAGUAACAGACAGUAUUUUUUGUGCAGAUUGUCCUGAUUUACAAACUCUGAUCCCUCAUUUGCAAACAUCAAGUAGAAGUGUGGCACCGGGGUCCCAAGUGAAGCUCUCCUGCAAUCCUGGUUAUUACUUGCAUGGAAAUGAAACACAACAGUGUCUUAACCUGGGACAAUGGAACCAUCCUCUCCCAACUUGUGAACGAGUUAACUGUGGUCCACCACCUUCCUUGAAAAAUGGCUCUUACAAAGCAGAAGGCUUCCACACAGGCAGCAUGGUUACCUACCAGUGUAACAGGGGAUUUUACCUUUUGGGAGACUCCAGAGCAGUCUGUGGUGACAAUGGAAUCUGGAACAGUAAUACACCCUCCUGCCUUGAUGUAGAUGAAUGUGCGGUGGGAUCAGAUUGUGACAAGAACUCCGAGUGUCACAACACUUAUGGGUCUUAUACUUGUACCUGCAGGCAUCCCUACACUGGAGAUGGUAAAAACUGUACAGAGCCUGUCAAGUGUCCAAAUCCUGGAUCCCUGGAAUUUGGCCUUGUGAAUGGCACCGAUUUUACAGCUGGUCAAAAAGUUUACUUCUCUUGUAAGGAGGGUUAUCAUUUAAUAGGCUCCACACACAUAACAUGCUCGGAAUUUGGAAUAUGGAGUGAACACGCCCCACACUGCCAAGUUGUAAAUUGUGGCAAGCCCACUAUCCCAGAGAAUGCUAUAAUGAAAGGAUCUGACUAUACUUAUGGAAAUAAAGUCAUUUUUAGUUGUAACACAGGAUUUGUACUCAUGGGACAAGUUGAAAUUAUAUGUCUAGCGAAUGGCAGCUGGAGUGACCUGUUCCAACAAUGCAAGCCAGCAAUGUGCCCUGAGCCGCAGAAUAUUGAGAAUGGAAAUUACACAUUAAAUGGAAGGACAUACCUGUCGAUCGUAACAUACACAUGCAAUAAUGGAUACAGAUUGCAGGGUCCUUCAUCACUAAUAUGUGAAUCCAUGGAGAAGUGGAAUGACACCGCUCCUGUGUGUAAAGUGGUGUCUUGUGAAAAGCCACCAACGCUUGCCAAUGCCUCUAUUGUUGGAAACAAGUUCACUGUGGGAAGUAAUAUAACCUACGUCUGUAAUGAAGGACAUACUCUACUUGGUCAAGAAAGUAAAGAGUGCCUCCCCAGUGGUGAAUGGAGCCAAAGUUCAAUACAGUGUGUGCCAGUCCCAUGUGACAAUCCUCCACAUAUUGACAACGCUCUUCCAGAACCUGGAAAUAGACUUUAUGGAGAUACGGCUUAUUACUACUGUAGUGAUGGAUACAGCUUAGCUGAUAAUUCUCAAUUAAUAUGCAACGCCCAAGGUCAAUGGUCUCCACCUGAAGGCAAAGAAAUGCCUCGUUGCAUUGCAGAUUUUUGUGUAAGACCUGCAGAUUUGCCUCAUGCCAUCUUGGAAUCAGUCAACAAAGCCAAAUAUUCUAGUGAGUCUGUGGUCAACUACAAGUGCAAGGAGGGCUUUGUCAUGAAUGGCUCUUCUACCCUGAAGUGUUUAAGAGGUGGACAGUGGAUGCCUUCCCCACUCGAUAUUCGUUGCUUCCCAGUGCGUUGCACAGAGCCUCCUAAUAUUGAGCAGGGAUACAUAAAUGGAAACAACUACAGUUUUGGGUCAGUCAUUGCAUAUGGCUGCAACAAGGGCUAUUACAUAAAAGGAGAAAAGAAAAGGACAUGUGAGGCCACUGGUGAAUGGAGCGGAAGCUUGCCAACUUGUCUACCAGUGUCAUGCGGGGACCCACCUAAACUCGAAAAUGGAUACAUAGAGAGCAAAGGCAAGUUUGUUUAUGAAAGUCAAGUAACAUAUAACUGUAAUCCUGGCUACAAAUUAAUAGGAAGUCCAGUUCGUGUGUGCCAAGAGAAUCAUCGAUGGGUCAGUGAGUCUCUUCCUUCUUGCAUCCUUUUGACAUGUGAAACUCCUCCUCCAAUCAAACAUGGACAUUACGAGGGAAGCACGUUUGAAGUUGGUAGCAAAGUUGAAUACGUCUGUGAUGAAGGCUAUGAACUUUUAGGAGAUGCUGUAUGGACAUGCUUGAAGUAUGGAAAGUGGAGUAAAACUAAUGUUCCUCUGUGCGUUCCAGUGCAGUGUUCUGAACCUCAGCUGGAACAAAAUCAUUUAGUCCUCAUAAGACUCGAUUCCGAUUCUGGCAUUAUAGAACUGGCAUGUCAAGAAGGAUAUGUAUUACAAGGUUCUUCAGUUCUAAAAUGUUUAUCAUCUCAAGAAUGGAACGACUCUUUUCCUGUCUGUAAACUUGUGUCUUGUGGCAAACCACCAUAUGUGAAACUUGGAGAACCACUUUAUUCACAUCUAAAUUUUGGAAGUGUUGUUCGAUAUACUUGUAUGGGUGGACUUACUUUAAAGAAGGAGUCUUCUGUUACCUGUCUGGCAAAUGGAUCAUGGAGCCUACCAAUCCCAGAAUGCACUGCAGUGGAGUGUCCUCAUCCAGAAGAGAUUCUUAAUGGCAUUGUUGAUAUACAAGGGCUGAUGUACCUUAAUGAAGCUCUAUACAGUUGCAAGUCAGGGUAUGAACUUGUUGGAAACAGCACCCUUCUUUGUGGAGAAGAUGGUGUAUGGAUAGGAGAAACUCCCACAUGCAAGCAUAUUGAAUGUGCUGCACCAGAGGAAAUAGCCAAUGGAAAAGUUGCCUAUUUAGAAGUUAAAUUUGGUCAUUCAGUGACGUAUCACUGUGACAGAGGUUUCAGGCUAGAAGGUCAGGAGAAGCGAAUUUGUUUGGAGAUGGGCCAGUGGGAUUCAGAAGCCCCAAAAUGUAAAGAAAUCUACUGUGAUGUCCCUCAGCCAAUUGAAAAUGGCUUUGUGGAAGGAGUUGAUCACAGUUUUGGUUCUACAAUUAUUUAUAGUUGCACUCCAGGAUUUCAGCUUGCUGGUCACGCUUUACUCACAUGUGAAGAGUCUGGAUGGUCUAGCUCUCCCCCUGUUUGUCUACCUACAGACUGCGGCCUUCCUCCCCAUAUUGAUUUUGGAGAGUAUGAAAAAGUUUUUGAUCCAAGUAGGGUUCUUGGAAAUGUAUUUGAUUCUGUAAAUCCAAGUCCAGCUCCUCACCAUUCCUAUGUUGCCUUCUCCAAACAGCCUCUUGAGCUUGUUUCUGAACUUGAUGUAACAGAACCAUUUGAGAUUGACUUUCUGCAUGGCACUGCAAUUGUGUACAGCUGUAACUCUGGGUAUGAACUUAUUGGUUCCUCAAUGCUAAUUUGUCAGGAAGAUGGUUUUUGGAAUGGAAGUGCCCCAGUCUGUUUACCUGCAGUGUGUGAACCUCCUAAGGCACCAGAACAUGGUUUUGUCAAUGCAACAAAAAAUAUUCUAGGUAGCAUUGUAGAAUAUGGUUGCAAACAUGGGUAUAAAUUGGACGGCCAGGCUGUCCAACAAUGUGUUUCAGGAAGACGGUGGAGUGGAAGAACUCCAACAUGUAAACUUGUAUCCUGCAAUGUCCCUGAGACCCUGGAUAAUGGUUCUAUUGAGGGAGAUACUUUUACAUAUUUAAGUAAAAUAUUCUAUAAAUGUGACCCAGGAUUUGAGCUCAAAGGACCCAGAAUGAGAGCUUGCCAAGCCAAUGAACAAUGGGAUGGGUAUAUGCCACUUUGCAGUCCAGUUUCUUGUGGCCCUCCAUCAGUUCUUGAGAAUGGCAUGGUAAUUGGAUCUGAAUAUACAUACAAAACGAAAGUGAUAUACAGGUGUAAUACUGGGUUUGUCCUUGAAGGUGAUAAAAAUAUUCUUUGUUUAAGUAAUGGCAGUUGGAGUUUUACUGCAGCAGUGUGUAGGAAAGUUCAGUGCUUGGAGCCAUCAUAUAUAACUUAUGGGGAAUUCCUUGGAUCAGAGCGUGGCUAUGGUGCUGAAGUUAAAUAUUCCUGUAAAGAUGGUUAUACAUUACAAGGAAAAUCCAUUUUAAAAUGCCAAAGUGAUGGUUCUUGGGAUGACAAGGCUCCACAAUGUGUACCUGUUGUUUGCGACCCUCCUGAGGAUAUAAGUCAUGGCUAUGUCAACGGAUCUAGUUUCACCCUUGGUAGCCAUGUUUAUUAUGUUUGCUUUCCUGGAUAUAAAUUAAUCGGAAACCCCAUUUUACAGUGUACAGCUGAUGGCUCUUGGGAAGGAGAAGUACCUUCAUGCAAGCCAUGUGUGUGCCAGCCACCAGUGAUUGAAAAUGGAUAUGUCACUACCAAAAGUUUUCAUUGCGGAGAAAAAAUACAAUUUCAGUGCAACAAAUAUUUUAAUCUUCAUGGGCCAACGGAAGCAACCUGUGAAAGCAAUGGUCUGUGGAAUCCGGGUGUCCCAUACUGUGGACAGAUAAAAUGUGAAACACCACCAUCUAUUCCUAAUACAUUGCUUAAUGGAAGCAGUCAGCUCCAUAAGAAUGCCGUAACUUACAGAUGCAAGCCUGGCUUUGUCAUGAGUGGCAGUUCACAUGUGAUCUGUUCUGAAGAUGGUGUAUGGAAGGAACCAUAUCCUGUGUGCCAGUUAGCAUCCUGUGGCCCUCCACCACCAGUGCCUAAUGCGGAAAUAAUAGGAACAACUUAUACUAUUGGAAGCAAAGUUCAGUAUAGGUGUUUAAAAGGAUAUGAGAUGCAAACAGAAGCAGAUGCCAAAAUCUGUUUGCAGGAUGGAACGUGGUCAACGCAUAAUAUCACAUGCAGACAACAAUCAUGCUCACUGCCACCAAAGCUGGCCACUGUUAUUGUGACAAGAAGUGAUUCUCCUUCAAGUGGAGCUGUCACUAUUUCUUGUCUUGAAGGAUAUGAACUUCGCAAAGAGAAUGUUUCAGUGUGCCAGCCUAAUGGUACAUGGGCUCCUGCAUUUCAUCCUGACUCUUGUAUUCCUGUGUCUUGUGGGAGACCCAGCCCACCUCUGCAUGGCAUAGUAAUUGGAACACGAUACAGCUACAAGGACAAAGUGCAAUACUUCUGUCAACCAGGUUAUAAAUUACAGGGAAAUGCUGAAAGAAUCUGUCAAGCAAACAAGUCCUGGAGUGGAAUGGACCCUGUAUGUUCAAGCCUAACAUGUGAAAUUCCCAGUUUAUUGGAUAAAGGCUAUGCUGUGUAUGACAACCUGACGGUUGGCAGCAGAGUGCAUUAUUUCUGUCAUGAUGGUUAUGAGCUUGAAGGAGACCCAACUGCAGUGUGCACUGGAAACGGGACCUGGAGUGUACCUCAGCCGGCUUGCAAAGCAAAGAGAUGUCCAGAGCCUUCUGGAAUUUCCUACGACAAGGCCUCUUCUGAGGAAAGUUUCUUCGUUGGUCAAAAAUUAUCUGUCAGAUGUCCAAAAGGAUACAAGAUUCAAGGAGCAACAUACAUCACAUGUGAUAGUGAUCUAACCUGGACACCUUCAGCUGUAAAGUGUGAAAAAAUUCCUUGCAGUUAUCCAGUUCAUGUUCCGAAUGCUUUAAUAAGGAGGAUAAACUUUCCUUCGGGAGAUGUAAUUGCUUACACGUGCUUUGGAGGAUACAUGCUAGAAGGACCAAGCAGGAUUACAUGUCUGGAAAAUGGAACAUGGACUUCACCACCUUCAUGCAAAGCGGUGUGCAGGUUCCCUUGUCAAAAUGGAGGAACGUGUAAAAAGCCCAAUUUGUGCUCAUGUGCAGAGGGAUGGAGUGGCAUGUAUUGUGAAGAGCCCCUCUGCAUUCUUCCAUGUUUGAACGGAGGCAAAUGUAUAGCUCCUUACGUUUGCAGAUGUCCAGUUGGAUGGUCUGGAUCCCGAUGCCACAAUGCGGUCUGCCAGUCUCCCUGCUUAAACGGAGGUAAAUGCAUACGGCCAAAUCGAUGCCAUUGCCCUCCUGGGUGGAGUGGUCAUGACUGUUCCAGGAAAAGGAAGCAUGGAUUCUAUCAUCUCUAAACAUUCCAUUUUUGCAGGUUCUGUAAUGUUUCUUUAAAAUCCUAUUGUACCCUUACUGCCUUACACUUAAAUGAUAAUCACACAGUCACCGUAAAUGAAUGGUUUCAUAAUUCUAAUAAUGUCUACUGUAAAUUAAAGCUGUAUUUUUUCAUAUUAGAAGUGUAACACUGCUGUAAUUUUGUGUUAUUUUAUGAUCAAUUCCAUUGUUAAUGUAAAUGUGUAAACAUAAAAAAUAAAAAUGCACUGUUAUUGCCCGAGAUGGUUGCUGUCUUGCGCCCAUUGUUGCCAAGCUCAGCUCCAGUCCAAUGACUAUUAAUUGGAUUAAGCAGGUGUUAGAAUAUUAAAUACAAUAAAGGGUAAGAUUUACACAGAAUCCAAGUUGGCCGAGUCAACUAACAGGAGUGGAUGUCCUAAAGAAAAUGAUGACCACGUUGGCUGUUAUCAACCUGCCUCCAAAUCUAGCAUGAGUUCGACACAACUGAAAACUUAACUCUGUUUUGAAACAUUCUGUGCUGCUUUGUAUUUUACCUUUCCAAGAUGCAAUUCCUAGAUUUUUGUUAUAAUUUUGUAAAAAUUGUCGUCACCUUGUUGAAAUGUAUUCACAUUAAGUGCAAGGACGCACAAAUCUACAACCUGCCUGCUGUUAAUUAAAAAUGGUCUUUUUUCAAAAUUGUUUCUGGACCAAAGGAAAGGAGCUACAUAAAGCAUUAAUGGAUUCACUUUUAGUAAAGAAUCGAUCAUCAUACUGACACAGAGGGAACCUGCAACCAACACACAAUGAGUGACUUGCACUAAAUACUGAGCCACCACAGCACCCCAUUAUUUCCUCCUUUAAAUAUUUGACACUUGCUGGUCUAUUCUAUUCUAUUGUGUACUUAACACUUUGGUUCAUCAUAUGAAAUCAGCAGUUAGUAAUACAUUCUUCACUAUGGUAAAUGGCACAGAAUUUUCAAAUAUUAAGUAAUAAGGUGGCUUUUAAACAAACAAAAAAAUGAAUUAAAGUGAUGAAAACCACUGUCUGAAAAUAACCCUACUUCAUUAAAGGAGUCUGUGCCCAGCAACAACUGUGCCAGUGCUAAGAGCAAGCAAUAUUAAUAAAACAAGUGCCCAAAGAAAUGUGCUUCUACUGUACAGAUGACACGGUCAAGCUAUGGGUUGGUGACCGUUUCAAAACAUAUCACAGGAAGAACUUGUGCUAAAUGUGCAUUCAGGACAGCAGUGGACACAAGACAGAACACUUCCUAGUGCAAUUAUGAUGUUUCGGUAUUUAUAUGUUUGUUGCACACACUUUUCUCUUGUUGAAUAAACAUUUUGGCUUGUUUUUUGGGGGUAAACAUAAUGGUAAGGAGGUUAAAGCAUCAAUGUUACUUGCAUGAAAUGCACCUAAUUAGGAGUCCUAUGUUUCCAAGCCAGAAGUUAUUAUUCUCGUUUCCGCAAUGUUCCACCAUGAAUUGAUGUGUAAUCAAAAUUAGAACAUCCUUAAAAUGACGACAAGUAUGGACAGUUGUUUCAUAAAAAUCAUAUACACAAAAUGAGUCAAAAGUCCAAAAAUUUAAAGAUGCCCAAAUAUUGGGACUGAUUUAGCAAAUACCACCUUACAUUCCACCAGUUGGGUGUGUAUUUGUGCAAACAUCGCUACACCAUCUUCAAUUAUACUUGAGCGUUUCAAAUGGAGAGGUGGUCAUAUGAGCAUUCUAACAGGUUUGAAGUUUAAAAAUAUAUUGAAGGAUGAAGCUCAUUAUUUGAAAUCUUUAUUAGUUAUAUGAUGUUUAGAGGUUAUAUACCUGCACCAGUGCACGCACUAUGCAACCAUUCUAAGAGGCAUAAACUGCGACCAUUGAUGUGUUCACUCUCCCCCAAAU